UUGAAUUUAGUCGUAUGUGAUAAAGAAGGGUGGCACGUGUGUUUAAUGUUGUGUGUAUAAAUAAUUAUUUGUUUGUUGGAGAAAAAGUAUAACUAUAAUUAAACUUGUUUAUAAUUUUGUUUAUAUCACACGAAGUCGGAUAUUCGAAAGUUUUUGAAUGCUAAUGGUGUAGUUUUGUUGAGGCAAAUGAUAAGCCCCAAACCCGAAUACUCGAGUUUGAUUUUUCUCCAAUAAAUUUUCAAGAUAAAUGAGGCCACUGCUUCCAAUAGCAAUUGGCAAUAGAUAAUAUACUCGUAUAUUUGAAUGACAACAGAGAAUCUCAACGGCACCGUACUCAACUAUGAAUGUGUGCGCACUCAUAUAUAUUUGUUUUAAAUCUUUUCGACCAAAUUGAUUACAUUUUGGAGCAGUGGGCGUGUGCUAACUCCACUUAUCAAGCAAAUGUUUGGUUAAAGUCAUGUCAUGAGCGCCCUUAUAACGGGAAUUUAAGUGGAGACUGGAACAUUUUUGUUCAUAAAAUGCCCAGCAGUGAAGCUUGUGUAAACAAACUGCUGACGGAAAUACAGGAGUCGGUGCUUGUGUACAUAGCAGAGUCGUUGUUGCACACAUAGGUGUAUGUGUGUUGAAAGCUAAACAGUGGAUGAACUGGUGUAUAUAUACAAAAAUGUAUUGCUUUCAUAAAAGAAUAAAGAUAGCAUAAAAUAGGAUGAAGCAUUGAAUGGAAGCAGAUGAUUUGUGAUUUUAAAAAAAUUCAAAUAAGGGAUAAGUACUGAAUGUUUUUCAGUGAAACUCAUAUGCGUAAAUAACGAAACUGAAAAGUUGUAAGGAAGAAAACAUUUAAACUCAGUUAAAAUUUCCGUAAAAUGUGGAUCAAAAUCACCAUAUAGUUUACUAUUAUUAUCAAAAAUGCAUGCAUCACAGAAGCGAAAAAACGUCGCCAUAAGUAUUAGUAUAUCUAAAUAAAAAAAACGACGUUAUUAUAACAUAAAAUGUUUCUACCGACGUUCCUCAACACGGCCAUGCAAAUACAUAUGUAUAUGUAAAUACCAUUUUAAAUCAGACUACACAAUGAAGCUUUAGUUGCCUUAAAAGCUAAAGGAUUUUCCCUUCAGAUGUACUGGAGUGAUAAAGAAAACUAUCAUGUUGCGCUGGUGAAGUAAAGUUUUUCUAUUGCCUUUGUUCGUACUUUUUUGCGAGCCGUAUGAACACAAAUCUGUUCGCAGAUAGUGCCAACGAGUGUGGCAUAUUCAUUCAAUUAAAAAGAGGUAGUUGAAGCGAGUUUUCGUUCGGAACAUAGACGUCAAAAUCAGCUGCCAGUUAAGAGUGUUGGAGUUCUGGGAGUGCUUUGGAAUCAGUCUUACGGCGAGUAAAUUGCAAGAAUAAAGGUACAAAGUAGGUAAUAUUAUGUCUGGUUUUGUCAGCGACACUGGAACGUCGGCCGAUUUGGACAUCAAUAGCAGAGUAGUGGCGGUGGUUUCUGCAACUUCGGUGGUAACAGUUGUGGCGACCACGUUUGUUAGUUCUUCUAAUCAAACGGACGCCAAAAGUCCAUGCAUACAAAUGGAAAUGUCUGCUGCAUCACCGAUUCGUUGCUCUCAGGUGACGGAUGCAAAUAAUGAUUUAAAUAAUGAAGAUAACUCUGUUCACGACAAUGGGAACACCAUGAACCUUUCAUUAAUGCAAACAUCACCACCACCUCAUAGUUAUCGGCAUUCACGAGCCUACCGUCAUUUUAAGAAUCCACCACAGCCACAUAUGUGCAUUCGCACAACCACAGAGACAGGUGAAGAACUUUUUAUUAAUGUACUAAGUUGGACGCGAAUCGUAAUACCACAAGAACCCACUGAUCCUAUACCUUUGUACGGUGGAAUGCGGGUGCCUCCAGGAAGUCCACGCAGUCCCCCGAUUGUUUUUGCUGUUAUGGCGAAUCCGGAAGUGCUGAAAGAUUCAGGGCGCCACAGCAAAGACCCAGAGGAGCGCAGGGCUAUGGUGGAAUUAAUGUGUGAUUUUGUAGAAGCAAUGAAUCCUGGUGUGAAAUUAGUAAGGAACGCUGUUAUUUUGAAAGAUCGUGAUAUAUCUGGAGAGCUAAAAGACGUAUGGAAUGCGGUACAAGCUCAAAGAGAUCGAGAACGGGAAGAACAAAUGCUUCAGCAACGCCAACAACAACACUUUCACAACGUCACCACCCAACAAAUGUUUCCAAAAUCUGCGGAAUCUAUAAGAAUUUCUGAAGAGAAGCAGAAUAGUGUCAUUAAUCCAGAAAAGGUGGACAAAGUUCCCCUAGAUAGUCUAGUUGAAAGAUCCAUAGCAGUAAGAGAUUCUGCUCCGUCAGAAAGUAAAAUUUCAAGUGCAGUGCAAGAUUACGAACUUAGCAGAAUAGACGCCACGAAAAUUAACCACCUUAAAGCAAAAAAUGCAUUAUGUGCCAAGGUUUCAAUCGAGGAAAAUGCAAGUGGAGGUGAAAAUGCGUUUAGUACAUACGUUGACGGAAAGGACCAAAUCGAUGCUACUGACAAGUUGUCCUCAAAACUCAGUGCCAAUGGUAAUAUGGAAGCAUCUGUGAAACCACUAUCUGGUACAGAGACAAUUGGAGAAGACAAUACUGAGAGUAAGGGUACUCAAUCUGGAAACCACUCUCUUUCGCCUUCUAGUACAGUGGUUACGGCAGUAGCACCUGUUAUCAUAAAAAACACAAUCGCAGGUGCCGAGACUCUUUCAACUUCCAAUUCUACAAAAAUUGUCACGCUGGUUUCUGCUACAGCUUCAACGACAACUUCCACAAAAAAGGAUAAACUAGUUGGAUUUUUACCUAACGGAUGUAUAUUUCCCCGGUUUAAGAAUUACAAAAACAAAGAAAAGGACAAGGACAAAGAAAAGGAGACCAAAACAAAGGAAAAAACUCUCCUGAAUGCUUUAAAAAAAAGUAAAGAUAAAAAAGUUGCUCCUAUUGAAAAUUGUGAAAAAACAUCGGGGGAAACUGAUCAAAAAAUAAAUUAUGAAAAGAACUGCAGUCACUUGGAGAACGAGGUACAAAAGUUGGAUCUGAAUAAAAUCGAAACAUCCGCUAGUGGCGACAAUAUGUUUGUUAAGCUGAAACUGGCUGCCACCUCGGCGACAGCAAAAUAGGCAGGUAUUGUCCUUCGUUUUUUUUUUUUUUUUUUCUUUUUGCAUUUAUAUUUUUAUGUAUGUAUGUAGGUAUAAAAUUUUGCAUAGACAAGAAUAGACUUGGUCAGUUUAACGAGUUUGGGGAAACAUUUGUUAUAUUUUUGCAAGACUUUUCACAAUAUUAGAUCACAAACGCAAUUAAUCUAUCAUAAAACAGCCAUACAUAUGAAUGCAUGUUUACAUGUCUUCACAAACAUAUAAGCGAACAAGAACACCACAGAAUAAAAAUCGCAAUAUAUUUGUAUGUAUGUAAUUCAUACAUAUCUUUAUCGUGUUUAAGGUUGAAUAACUUUAUUAAUCUUAUCAAAACGAGAAUCUUUGCCUAAUUGAAAAAUUGGUUUCGUUUUCUUAUACUCACAGUAUGUAAGGCAAAUGUUCAAAUUUAAUUUAAAUUAUAUUAUAUUAUAUAAGUAUACAGUAUUACCAUCCCUUGCUUAUUCACUAAACUCCAAUUUGUUGAGGUAACUAGCACGUGGCAUUUUUUUUUUUUUUUGUUAAAUAUAGUUUGUACUGAUUUUCAUUUAUAAAUUUUAGAUGAGAAAAAUAAGACUCACAAAAAUGUUACCACAGAAGACUCAAUCCAGAUGUAUUUAAAUCACGCUGACAAAACAGAAUAAUUUAAAGAUACAUAGUUAAAUUGGUUUUCUUUAAACACGAAAUGUUAUGACAACAACGUGUAAAUUUACCAAAAUUUGAAGUGUUCGUAUUUUUAUUCUAUAUAUUUUUCCUAAGAGACUGAAAUUCGGAUAUUAUUAUUGGACAUCAAUAUUAAGCUCAUUUUGUAAAAAUUAAAACGAAUAUGUUAUUUAUUUAUUUUAUUUCUAUUCACACUUUAAGUAUUAAAUUAAAACUGAAAUAAGUUUGAUUUUGCAAUUUAAAAUUCAGGUGCGAGCUUUGGCAGCUAUCGGGCCCUAAAUGCAUGCAGUAAUGCGCUCGAAAAUAAGAUUGUUACUUCAAAUGUAAAAUAUGUACAGUGGUGGUCUUCUUAUUAGAAACGACUUUGCAACAACUAUUUUUGUAAUACAUUUUGAGACUUAAUUUCACCACAUUACCCCCUUGUGAUUGUUGCAAAGAAUUGAAAAUAAUUGAAUUUUCAACACUUAUAACGCCAUUAAAAAGUAACACCAUAUAACGCUAUUAAACACAAUAAAUCAAUUUAACGAAUUCAGAAUAUUUGCUCUCAAUCACUAUGGGGGAAAACCUCCGAAAAGCUAAAUUUGUCCGAUUACCUGGUACUCCCAUCAGAGAAAAUUGCAUAUCGCAAAGGAUUAAAAUCAGUAGUUAUAAAAAGUAAAAGAACACCAAAUAGGCAUUGAGUUUAAAAUAAAAAAAAUCAUGAUGAUUUUGCUCCUUUAAUUGAAAAAAUUCUUUAUUUCACGAGUUUUUUCCGUUGGGUUGAAAUUAGGACUUUGCGGUGUCUAGUCCAAAGCAUCAAAAUUUUGAUCUUAAAGCCAACACUUCACUAAUCUUGAAGUGCUCUAUGAAUUUUUAGAGAACCAAGAAUGGAUUAUAAUUACUCUUGUUGUUGUUUUUUUAACAGUCAUUACUCUCCUAUUUUCUGCUGGAGUUAUAUUAUUAAUCUGUGCUGCCUUCCUGUGAUUUCAAACUGCUUUGGCUUAUUGUGCGAGUGAAUUACUCCAAAUAAUAUUCUUUUGAUAUCUCCAUAAAAAAUAGGUUGAAGGUAAUCUUGUCAGCGGCCUUGUAAUGGAAUUAAAGUUAUGGGACGCGAAGUGCAGAAAAAUCGGCAUUGACAGUUGUUCAUUUUGCCUACACUGAUCGAUUAGCUCUCUAAUUAUUGAAGUACAUAACUUUUUUUACCCAUUUCCAAAACUAAAAUAUAUCAAAGUUGUUAUUAAUUUAUGGUUGAUUGAUCAUUGAUUGUCACGCGGCACACAAAAAACCAUUCGUCAGUCCAAGUGUAAAGGUGCACUCAUUUUAUCACUAACACAAAGAUGAGUACAUAAAAAAAAAAAAAAUGCAAGUUUCAUUGUCCCCAGCAAAAAAACGAUGGCUUAAAACUGCAGGCCCUCCAUUUGAGGAACAACAUAAAGACGCAACACCACAAAUAGGAGGAGUAGCUCGGCAAACACCUAACAGAAGUGUACGUGCCAUUUUUUUUUUUUAUUUAUUAAGAAUUUGUUUCUAGUUUUUCCUAUCUACCUUAAUCCAGUUGUCGCCUAAUUGCGUUAUAUUUAAAUGGUGCUGUAUCCUCCAACACGAAACAUAACAUUCUACUAAGUGCGUCGAUUGCCUUCAUUCUGCAGAAACAAAGCCCAACGUGACACUUAAUGGAAUGCCAUGUUUCUUAAGUAUCUUCAUAAAUGUAUUGCAGUCAAUGACGAUCUUGAAUUUAGUACUUAUAAAGUAAACUUAGAUUUCUGCAGUUUCACAAUGAUCACUAGAAUUUCCAACGCAUAUGAGUGGAAUGUCUUCUCGAAAGGUUCCGUCUUCCUACUCAUAUUGAACUAGAUGAAAUUCUUCGAAGUCCCUUUGCAGUAAAACCAUGCCAUAUCCCUACAUAAUUGGAGCAAUGUGAACUUUACCGACUGUCUUAGGAUUAUAUAAAGUCCAAACUUUGGCAUUAGUCAAACCCACUUUGAGUUGUUGAAAUCCAGUGAACUCUGCAUCCCCCAAUAAAAUUUUCGCGUCGUUACCUAGAAGCUCGAACAGAGACUUUACUCCUGCACUAUGACGUUAAUUCUAAGAAAAUUUAUCCCAGAAAUUCGAGCUGCCUCUUCAAUAACUGCCACUUGCACUAUUUUAUUUUUAUUCCACUUACUGCUGUUGUAUUGGAAAUACGAAGUGGAACGUAAAGGAACUUAUAUUGACUACUAUGUGUCGCAAAUGAUAAGUUCUUUCUCGAAAUUUGUUUCCAAGGACGUGAAAGAACCCGUUCGGCAAAGCUAGAAUGCCUUCUAGUCCUAGCAAGACGUCAUCCAUCAGUGGUAUUAGAACAUUGUAUCUGAAUGUUUUCAUUCACUUGGCGGUAACCAUAUCUGGGUAUUUUACUCUUAAGGUUUUUCGACACCGAAACAAUAGAUGAAGCGUAUCCGGUUGGAUAAUGCCUUCAUCAAGUCACUUCAAAGUCUUCGUAUCUACACAACAUCUAUCCUAGUACGAUAAUCUCCAUGGCCUUUGAAAUACCUGCUGUGGAUCUACAUUGGUGAACUUGUGUUUCGGGUAGAGACAUAAUCUUUGAUCAACGACAUAACUUCGCUCGCUUUGAUGCAUUGCUUCUGGUCAACACUACUUCGAGCUUUGUCAACUUUACUUUAUCGUCCUUAUAUUUCACAUCUACCGAUUUUAAAAUGUCUUUACCAAUAAUAACACCAAAUCUUAAAUCUCUCUCGUUCAUUAAAUUUACCUUUGAGUGGAAACUGCCUAACAUUGCACGUAUUUCAACUAUAUGAACUUAGAUGGACAAAAGCCUAAAUAAACCGAUGUUCAUUUUGCCUUUUCUCUAAUAGCGGAUA